AUGCCAUCCCAGACUAACACAGACACCGAGCGAGUGCUCCCUUCGGUACCGCUCCUUUGCUUCGCUGGGUACCUUGUCUAUUUGAUCGCACGUGCCUUUUAUCGCCUCCAUCUCCAUCCGCUGGCCAAGUUUCCCGGGCCUAAGAUCGCGGCUGUCACGAGCUUCUACGAGGGCUACUACGAGAUAGUUCUCAAAGGACAAUACUCGAAGCAGAUAUCCAAACUCCACGACCAAUACGGUCCCAUUAUUAGAGUAACACCUGACGAGCUGCAUAUCCGAGACUCACGAUUCUUCGACCACUUCUAUCCCAAGAACGUCCAUCUCGACAAGGAGGGAUGGGACAAGCGAUUUGGCGUCGCCGACGGUGUACUCGCCACGGUAAACGCCGAAGCACAUAAGCGACGACGUGCCGCAUUGGCCCCCAUGUUCUCACGUCGUUCCAUUAUCGACUUUGUCCACAUCAUCUACCGCCAUGUCGACACGCUUGCUCAUCGCAUGCAAGAGUUUGAGGAGCGUGCAGAGCCGCUCAACCUCACCCAUGCCUUUCCCGCCCUGACUGGCGAUAUCAUCAUGGACUAUUUUUUCGGCUUCAACUACAACCACCUCAAGAAUCCUGAAUUCGAAUCCUUCCACGACGCCUUUACCAAGAUUGCCGGCAUGGGCCAUCUCGCUACACAAUUCCCCAUGAUUCUUCCUAUCAUGGACGCUAUCCCUGACUACAUCACCGGGUGGCUGCAGCCCGCCGCAAAACCCAUUCUAAAAUUCCAGCAGGACCACCGCGCCCUAAUCGCCCGCACCCUCCGCGGCGAAGACCUCAAAUCCAACGACGCCAAAAAAACAAUCUUCCAAGAAAUCCUCGACUCCAAACUACCCUCAUCUGAUAAAUCCCACCGGCGCCUCGCCGAAGAAGCCCAAGUCAUUCUUGGCGGCGGCGUCGAAACAACCGCUUUUUCACUCGCCGUAGCAACCUUCCACAUCAUCAACACACCACAUAUCUACCAGCGCCUCCAUACCGAUCUUGUCGCCGCAUUUCCCAACAAGAACGAUUUGGAGCUAAGCGUGCUGGAGAAAAUGCCGUAUCUCAAAGCCGUGGUUAUGGAGGCGAUACGCUUGUCGUACGGUCUUUCGGCCAGAAAUCCAAGGACGCACAAGACUCCUCUGCAUUAUAAAGAUUGGGUUAUCCCCGCCAAUACUUGUGUUUCAAUGACAAUCUCCGAUUCCUCCCACGAUCCAUCCAUCUUCCCAGACUCCACCGCUUUCAUCCCCGAGCGCUGGCUCGGCGAUCCGCGUACCCCCGAUGGCUUGCCCUUGGAUCGCUUCAUGGUAUCCUUUGGUCGCGGCACGAGAGCGUGUCUGGGUGUUACGCUCGCGUGGACGGAGAUGUAUCUAGUCCUCGGCAUGAUGUUUCGCCGGUUCAAGUACGAAUUGUUUGAGAGUAGUGUGAAAGAAGUCGAGGUCGGACAUGAUUUUUUUAUUCCCAUUACGAGUUUGGAGAGUAAGGGGUUAAGGGUUUUUGUUAAGAGUGUGGACUAG